UUUCUCUCACUUCAGUCUUCCCCCUCCCUCCCAUUCCCCAUCUGGUCACCAUUAAGCACCAAAUCCUUGUCCGAGCUCCUCCUCCUCUCAUCCUCCGGCCGCUGCCGCUAGCUCUCUCGCCACCACCGCGUGGCCGAAUUCGGCUAGCCCGUCACUCUCCGCGAGCUCUCCGACUCUCUUCUUCGCUCCCGUUUCCCAGCUUCCGAGGUUGCAAAAGCUGGGAAGUAAUGGAUGACGGAGGAAAUGGAUCGAUGAAGCCUGCUGUUUCCCCGUAUGAAGAGGCAAUGGAGGCUCUGUCCUCGUUGAUUACCAAACGCAGCCGUGCUGAUAAGAGCAACAAGGGAGAUCGGUUUGAUUUGCUCUUUGACUAUUUGAAGAUGUUGGAUUUAGAUGAGCAAAUUUCAAAGAUGAAGGUUAUCCACGUUGCUGGUACAAAAGGCAAGGGAUCCACAUGCACAUUUGCAGAAUCCAUUCUACGUAAUUGUGGCUUCCAUACAGGACUUUUCACUUCACCUCACCUUAUUGAUGUUCGUGAAAGAUUCCGAUUGGAUGGUGAGGACAUAUGUGAAGAGAAGUUCUUGGCAUAUUUCUGGUGGUGUUAUGAUAGACUGAAGGAAAAAACUAGUGAAAAUAUACCAAUGCCUACAUAUUUUCGCUUCCUUGCAUUACUUGCAUUCAAGAUAUUUGCUGCAGAGCAGGUUGAUGUUGUCAUCUUAGAGGUUGGUUUGGGAGGAAGAUUUGACGCAACAAAUGUGGUUGAGAGACCAGUUGUAUGUGGUAUAGCUUCCCUUGGAUAUGACCAUAUGGAGAUUCUUGGUAAUACUCUUGAACAAAUUGCUGGGGAAAAGGCUGGUAUCUUCAAGCGUGAAAUCCCAGCAUUUACUGUACCUCAGCCUGAUGAAGCUAUGCGUGUGCUUGAAGAGAAGGCUUCCCAACUGGAUGUUCCUCUUCAAGUAGCGCCACCAUUAGAUGCCAACUUGCUUAAAGGUCUGAAUCUUGGUCUUGUGGGAGAGCAUCAAUAUGUCAAUGCUGGUCUUGCGGUUGCUCUGUGUUGUACGUGGCUUCAAAGGACUGGUCAUCACGAUGUUUGCAUGCAACAGAUGAACUCUUUGCCGGAGCAGUUCAUAAAUGGGCUGGCAACUGCCAAGUUGCAAGGGCGAGCUCAGAUUGUCCCCGACCUGAGUUUCGGUCCUGAAAACACAGGCAGCCUAGUGUUUUAUAUGGAUGGAGCCCAUAGUCCAGAAAGCAUGGAAGUAUGUGCCAGAUGGUUUUCUCUUGCAGUUAAAGAAGACGAUCAACGUCAGAUGCAUCAUCAGCUCCAGGACAAGUCCACAUUCAUUGACGAAUCGAUUAAGAAUCCACAUGACAUGACACAACAGAGGACUGCCAUGCAGAUACUUCUGUUCAAUUGUAUGUCAGUCCGAGAUCCUCAAGUUCUUCUGCCCAGCCUGAUGAAAACAUGUGCUAGUCACGGCAUACACUUCAAGAAGGCUCUCUUUGUGCCGAAUAUAUCAGUGUAUUACAAGGUUGGAACAAACUCUUUACCGCCGAGUGAUCCUCAAGUCGAUUUGUCAUGGCAGAUUGCUCUUCAAAGGGUGUGGGAGAACCUCAUCCAGGGCGAAAAAGGAGGGGACGCGAAGAAUGCCGUUGCUGUUUGUGAUGAAACUAAAGAUGAUAUGCAGCUAUGUGUUAAUAACUGCGAGCACAGCGCCGUGUUUGCUUCUCUUCCGUUGGCUAUUAAGUGGCUGAGGGACACCGUUCAACACAAUACUUCUUUACGCUUCCAGGUCCUUGUUACCGGCUCUUUGCAUCUUGUGGGCGAUGUGUUGAGACUCGUCAAGAAGUGAUUCAAAUGGAAAUCCUCCUCUCCUGACUGUCGCUCUCUCUCUUGCUCUUUGUUGAAUUGGAGACGUCCACUUCACAGACAAAAGUAGGAUCCGGGCUCUCCACCACUGCAGCCGAGAAGGCACUGUCCAUUUGCAAGUCUUUGUAGAUCUAAUUCGAUCCAGUUAACAUUAGGAGCAUGUUUUUUAUUUCAUCUUUGAUUGAUGUAACGCUAUGGUUAUUCUAGUCUGCCUUUGUUUUCGUCUUGCGUUUAUGGAGGAUAUUCCAAUAAUAUGAAAAUUUACAAAACGCCCUUCCCUGAAAAAGGAUCACAAAACCACAGCUUGUAAGAUCGAUUGUCUUUUUUUCUUCGAUGUCAUUUUUGAAGCCCAUUGUAAAGACUUACUAUAAAUACCAAAGAACAUAGAGCGAUUUUAUUUC